GCCGACUGCCUACCGCAAAAAAAACACAAAGAAGAAGAAACCCGGAAGUCACCCUCGUGUGUUGGUGCGGUGGAGUUCCCAGCUGUGAGACUGGAGCACAUUUUAUCAUUAAACACAUUAAAAACACGGUUUUUAGAGGACUCUGCUGUCUGAAUAAGUUGCCAUGGCGUCCUACACCUGUAUCAGCUGCCGAGUGGCGUUCACAGACGGCGAUGUGCAGCGAGCGCACUACAAAACCGACUGGCACCGCUACAACCUGAAGCGCAAGGUGGCCGACAUGCCGCCGGUCACUGCUGAAAACUUUCAGGAGCGCGUCCUGGCACAGCGGGCGGCCGCUGAACAGCAGCUGAGCGACGCGGCGGCCACUGAGGGCUGCGCCGUCUGCAACAAGAAGUUCUCCAGCACCAACGCCUACCAGAACCACCUGCAGUCUCACAAACACCAGCAGGCCGAGAAGCAGGCCGUGCUCGCCGCCCAGAGGAAAGUGGAGAAGAUGAACGAGAAGAACCUGGAGAAAGGACUCGGUGAGGAGAAGGUGGAUCACGACGCCAGGAACGAGGCCCUGCAGCAGGCCCUGAAAGAGCUGCAGAGGCCGAGCCCGGCCAAGACAUCAGAAGCAGUGAAGCGGGAGAGAACGGAGAGGCUGGAGAAACCUCCGCGGAUGAUGUGGCUGGAGGAGCAAGCCAAGAGGCGAGAGAAAGAAGAGGGAGCCACAGCUGGGGAAGAGGAUUGGGAGGACGUUGACGAGGAGGAAGACGAUGAUGAGAUGGAGGAUGAUGAAGAUGAAGAGGAGACCAUGGAUCAAGAAGGAGACUCUGCAUCUCUGUCUGAACCGAACCCUGCGGCCCUGCCGGGCUCCAUCCCCGUCACCGACUGCCUGUUCUGCUCCCACCACUCCAAGUCACUCAUGAAGAACGUCGCCCACAUGACCAAAGUCCACGGCUUCUUCAUCCCCGAUGUGGAGUUCCUCGUCGACAUCAAGGGCCUCGUCCGUUACCUCGGAGAGAAAGUCGGAGCUGGAAACGUGUGUUUAUGGUGUAACGAGAAGGGAAGAUCGUUCUACUCGACAGAAGCGGUGCAGAGUCACAUGACAGAUAAAAGCCAUUGUAAACUCUUCACAGACGGCGACGCUGCGCUGGAGUUUGCAGACUUCUACGACUUCAGGAGCAGCUACCCGGACAGGAAGGAGGGAGAAGACGCUGAAAUGGACGACGAGGAGCUGCCUGAUGACAAAACUCUGGAGUACGACGAUGAGACGCUGGAGCUGACUCUCCCUUCAGGUGCAAAGAUCGGCCACCGCUCCCUCAUGAGGUACUACAAACAGCGGUUCGGAGCCCAGCGAGCGGUGGUUCUGACCCACAAUAAGAACGCUGUUGGCAGAGUCCUGCGGCAGUACAAGGCUCUGGGCUGGGGAGGAGAGGGAGGCAGCGGCUUCUAUCAGAAACAGAAAGACAUGCAGUACGUACAGAUGAUGAAGUCGAAAUGGAUGCUGAAGAUGGGCAUGAGCCACAACGCCACCAAGCAGAAGCACUUCAGAGCCCAAGUCAUGUUCUAAACUCGGGCCGGAGGAACCGAACAUGAGGUCAAACGUGACGGACGGGUUGAUUCUGAAAUUGAAGCUGUGUUACAGCCACAGAGACAGAACAGAUGAAUAAAGUACGGGAUCAGAUAUCCAGUGCAGCGAGAGAAAUAUCCAACAUGUUGAUCAUGUCAUGUCAGUUAUGUCAAAGCAGCCAUGUUGUUUUCACGUUCGUUAACACUGACGGAGAGAAAUCUGUGCCAGUGUCUUGGGAUUUUUUAUUUCAAGAGCGGCAACAUUAUGAUUUUUCUUCCUAAUAGGAAACAACAUUUCCAAAUGUAAUUCUGCUUGAAACUGGCUUGAAUAAAAGUCGUUUGAUCGAUGUCCGCUCAUAGACAACCACAGCUGUAAGAUUAUUCUGAAACUAUAUGGAAUGUUAAAGCUACAUUAGAUCAGUAUUGAGGAGGCAGUUGGAGUCUAAUCGUUGACAUAACACAGUUUUUUGAUUAAUGACAGGAUUACAUCUUUAACAUGCUUGUUAUACAACCAAACAAAUAAAUAUCUUUCAUAUUUAUUGGA